AUGGUUGCAGCACCACAGUAUGGUAACUAUGCAAAAAUCCAAGAAACAGGAGUGUGCAAGAGAUGUAAGGUGGAUGGGCAGGAUAUGGAGGUAACUUUCUUCCAAUCUUAUAUUGAUGGCAUGGAUUUUGUGUUCACGGACAGCCUUAUGUUUCGCAAUAUUGAGGAAAAUAUAUAUGGGGGAGGUCGAGAGGAUAUUUUAAAAUGCAUGGGUCUCUUUGGUAAGGCACCUCUUAAGGUUCUUUUCUGUAAGCAUACCCGGUGCGUUCCUGUGAUCCACAACAUAGCACACCGGGGCCAUGGUCCAGUACGCGAUUUUUGUUGUGUGGAUCUUCCACAAAACUACUUCAUACUAUAUGACCCAGGAGGUGGGGAACACUUCAAUGUCCUUGCGGCUGGCCUGAGUGCUGCAGAUUGUGUAGUCACUAUAAGCCAUGGUUAUGCCAGGGAGCUGGAAACUAAAGAAGGGGGCUGGGGUCUGCAUCAAAUAAUCCAGCUUUAUGCACUGAGCUAUGGGGCAGUCCCUGUUGUUCAUGCUGUUGGUGGGCUGAGAGAUAGUGUGCAGCCGAUGGAUCCAUUGGCGGAGCCCCAAGCCACAUACUCUGCAACUGCACCUUUGGUUGAUGAACCACAGUAA